AUGGACAAUUACGAAGGUCCGAAUGCACACACUGUGUAUGUGUGUUCGAUUUUAAACAUCGUUCUGAACGCUUUGCUGUUGGUCUUCGGAGCUCUUGGCAACAUCCUGAUACUUCGGGUUUACUGCACAAAGAAACGGAAGACGACCACUCAUAUCCUGAUUAUGGGUCUUGCGCUUGCGGACCUUAUGGUUUGCCUAUCUCUGACAGGAUACAUUGUUGAGUCAAGUUACACCCUUCUCGGUAAGCACAUACCAGAAAACAUGUACCUAUACCAAAACUACAUCAACAUUUGGAUAGGUGUAUCUGUUGGAAUCACUGGCUUUAUAGCUGUUGACCGAUACGAUAGUGUGUGCCGCCCAAACAGACGCAUGUUCAACAACCGACGGGCCAAGAUUGCCAUUUUGGUGUCGUUUAUUCCAUCCGUAACUGCUGAAGCUCCUCUUCUGGUGUCAUGCAUAUUUUUCUCAUGUAAAGUCACCGUUUUGCCCUCAUGGGUCAUACAAGUUGUGGGGUUCCUCACAACUCUGUUUAUGAUCGGUUUGUGCUACGGCAAGGUGUACAUGACAAUUCGACGACAUGUCAGAGUCGACAUCAACACGGUGAGCCAUGAACAGUUACCCGAACGAGGUGGCAGGGACACACAACAUAAGUUGGCUAUCGGCAUGAUAGAACAGCGGUCCAAGAGCAGAGGUUGCCAAAAUAACAGAGUCCAACGAAAUUGCGGUCCAUGCUUCGCCAACCAACCACAAACCUUCCAUUUUAAAACGCACGCCCGUCCUGUGCUGUUUGUAGCCUCCCUUAACUCAGACGACGCCGCGAGAAUCGGCAAGGCGUUAGACAGAACCACAAGAGAGGUGGACGAGGGUCGCUUAGCCUCGACGAUAUUCAUCGAGCAGGCCCCCGAUACUAUGGGACGAACUGGUAUGUUACCCGUCAACAGAAUUUCACACAAACCACGCUACAACAACGCGGUGCUUCACCGAAGAACGACAAAGAUGCUGUUCGUAACCAGUGUGGUGUUCUUGCUGUCUUGGCUACCAUUCUGGUUGGCGAGUCUUGUCAGCCAGUUUGGCCAAUUUGACAAUCAGGAGAUACAGUACAUUCUGCAGAGUUUGAUACUAAAAACGUUGUUCAUAAAUAACGCCGUGAAUCCCAUAAUUUACAGCCUCGCCAACAGACGGUUUAGAGAGGAAAGUGGGCGAGAGCUUCGGAAAAUAAUGGUUACAUGUGUGCAAUAUUAA